AUGGGCCUCAUCAAGAAGAAGACAGCCGUCAGGACUACCGAGGGAGGCAUCAAAUACAUUUGCGACAUCUGUUCCGCCGACAUUACUGCCACUGUUCGCAUCAGAUGCGCUGACGAUGACUGUGACAACUACGACCUGUGUGUUCCUUGCUUCGGAGAGGGCAAGUCUUCUGGCAAACACGACCCUGCUACACACGCCUUCCAGGUUAUAGAACAACAUUCAAUUCCGAUCUAUGUCGAGGACUGGGGUGCCGACGAGGAGCUGCUCUUGCUUGAGGGUGCUGAAACCUACGGCCUGGGCUCAUGGGCCGAUAUUGCAGACCAUAUUGGAGGUUACCGAACCAAGGACGAAGUGCGCGAGCACUAUAUCGAAACAUACCUCAAAAGCUCAAAAUUCCCUCUGCCAGAACGCGCUAGUCCCAAGGACACCACCCUGUCCGACUCCGUCCCUAGAGAUGAGUUCCAGGCUCGUAAGAAACGGAGGAUAGAAGAGCGAAAAGAGGCCGCCAAAAAUCAAGCCAUUAUCGACUCCAAGCAGAAGCCUACCUCCAGUGUGCCUUCGUGUCACGAAGUCCAAGGCUUCAUGCCUGGUCGUCUCGAGUUUGAGACCGAGUACUUCAACGAGGCCGAAGAAGCAGUUCAACAUAUGCACUUCGAGCCAGGCGAUGGCAUCAACCCUACUACUGGAGAGCUUGAACCCGAAAUGGACCUCAAGAUCACUGUCAUGGACAUUUACAACCACCGUCUCACCGCUCGUGUGGAGAGGAAGAAAGUACUCUUUGAGCACAAUCUGCUCGAGUACCGCAAGAAUACCGCAGUCGACAAGAAGAGGACUAAAGAUGAGCGCGAUCUGAGCAAUAAGAUGAAGCCGUUUGCGCGCAUGAUGAACCACUCGGACUUUGAGGCAUUUGCAACGGGCAUCGAGUAUGAGCACAGUAUACGACAAGCCAUCAAGCAACUACAAGACUGGCGGCGCAUGCAGAUCAGUGAUCUCAAGACUGGAGAAAAGUACGAAGUCGAGAAAGCCGCGCGACAGGCCAGAGCUGCAGCGAACGCAGACCGCUUCUCGUUACCUAGUAGAGUCCAUAAACCCAGUGCCCAGGAACCACCAUCAGCAGCGUCAGCAUUGAUCGGACCAGAGCUACCACCAAAGCCAAGCACUACUGGCUUGCAGACACCACCUGAAUCAACAUCCCCAAACGCUAGUGUGAGCAAUCCUCCACCAAGGUUCCCGUUACAAACGAUAACGGGUGUAUCGAAGAUUGAUCUGUAUGGCAACAACAGCCAGGACUCACAUCUCUUGACUGAAAACGAGCAAGAAAUUUGCAGGGUGGUGCGUGUUCAGCCAAAGGCAUAUCUGGUCAUGAAGGACGCUGUGCUAAAGGAAGCGCUACGAUCAAACGGCUGUCUGAAACGGAAGAAUGUCAAGGAGAUUUGUAGAAUCGAUACGACCAAGGCUGGGAAACUAUUCGACUUUUUUGUCUGGUCUGGAUGGAUUGCUAAGGGGUGA